AUGGGGCUGCGUGUGGGAAGACAUUCGGCCACCACGUCGAGGUGUCCGGGAACGCUGGUCCCCGUGCCCGGCGCCCUGCAGGAAGGCAGCCUGCGGUUCGGCGAGGAGAUCCCGCCGUGGUUUUCCGCGGACGACGUGCAGAAGAUGCGGCUGCUGGCGGGCGCCGAGGUGGUGUCCAAAGCCCGCGUGCCGGCGCACGGGCAGGUGCUGCGCGUGGGCUUCCGGGCACCCAUGGGCGCUGCCGCCGCCGACGGGGACUGCGCGGCCGGGCUCUGCGGCCUCGCCAAGCGCCCCGGCGACCUCUACGAGGUGCUGGCCUUCCACCUGGACCGCGUGCUGGCGCUCAACAGGAGCCUGCCGGCCGUGGCGCGGCGCCUGGGCGGGCACCUGCUGCCCUACCGCUACACGGACGGCGCGCCGCGGCCCGUCGUGUGGUGGGCGCCCGACGUGCGGCACCUGCACGACGCCGACAACGACCAGAACUCCUUCGCCCUGGGCUGGCUGCAGUACCAGGCGCUGCUGCGGCAGCGCUGCGGUGCCGGCGGCGGCGCGGCGCCGGGGCGGGCGCCUUGCGUGGGCGUCGCGCACGCCGAGUGGAGCCGCCUGGCGCUCUUCGAUUUCCUCCUGCAGGUGCACGACCGCCUGGACCGCUACUGCUGCGGGUUUGAGCCGGAGCCGGGGGAGCCCUGCGUGCAGGAGAUGCUCCACGCCAAGUGCCGCAACCCCGCGGAGCUCGCCCUGGUCCACAUCCUGGUGCGGAGGAGCGCGCCCUCGCGCCUUGUGUUCAUCGACAACGCGGGCCGGCCUCAGCACCCGGAGGCGAAGCUCAACUUCAGGCUGCUGCAAGGCAUCGAUAGCUUCCCGGAGUCGGCCGUGGCCGUGCUCAGGUCCGGCUGUCUGCAGAAGAUGCUCCUGAGGUCCCUGUACGUGGACCGGGAGCUGUGGGACAGCCAGGGCGGCUCGGAGGGCCUGCGACCCCUGCUCCAAACGCUGGAGAGGCGCGCGCAGAUCUUCCUGCGCUACCUCCGGGAGCACAACCUGGGCCUGUUCAGGGAGACCGCGGCGCCCUAGGGCGCCCGGGCGAACGCACGCCUUGCAACCACAAAUAUACCUCGCACCCCUGGUUCUUUUAUGAUCGGAAACCAAACAUGAGCCACUGCUUCUUCAGAAUUUCUUCCUUCCCCUUUGGUAGGAUGGACUUUCCCAGGGCACCCUGGAGAAGGGAGCCCAGUAGGUAGGAAAGAGGAGGAGAACGCUGCUCCUGAAAUACCCCACAAAGGGUCGACCAAAACAUUAACUAAUAUUUUAAAUCAACAAUCUACAUAUGGAGCUGGCAAAGGAGCUGCAUUUCAGUGAGAUUUGGGGUGCCUUUGUCCCCCCAUCAGCUUUGAAGCCUGAAGGCUUGAGCAGUUCCUGGA